CUUGACGCUACAAACACUUUUUUCGAAUGUUUUUUUGAUUGGCCAAUUUGUAAAAUUCUUUAUUCUGAUUAGUCAAUCAAAUACGUCGAAGCAUAUGAAGCAUCAAAUAGAUCGCACCUUUAAUAAUUUGGUUGCGUUGCGUUUGUGUAUUCUUGAGUGUGGUUCGUGUGGGUUUGCGGCGCGCAUCGGAUUGUGGCGACCGCGAUUGCGCGCGUCUCACUCGGAGCAACUCGAACUACUCGAACUCUCGAAGUAGUCGAAUCGAAGUGACUCGGAGACUCGGACUACUCGGAGUUCGGAGUGGCACUGAGUGGCACUAGCGAAAGAUGCUGGACGAUGUAUCCCGCUGCACCGGAUUUUCCUUAUGUCCUGUCGGAACAUGAGGAAAUCGACUCGAUCCUGUACAAACCAAUCAACUCAACGCAGCGAAUAAAGUACACAUGUUUCAACGCUUCAUCAAGUUAUAUUGUAUUGGGUUCAACCAGCGGCAGUGUUUACUUGUUCUCCAGAGAGCCAUGUUCGUUUCUUCAAAUAAUACCUUUAUCGGAGGGUGUAGUCUCGCGUAUAGCGAUAUCACCUGACGAGAAGACUGUAGUCUUAACAACAACGCGCGGCAGCAUCUGUCUAGUCUCUUUGAAAUCCACUCCGCAAUUAAUAUCGGUAUUAACGGAUCACAUGUAUAAACAAAUUACUUGUGUAUGUUGGAACAAUAAUAGUACCGAGAUAUAUGUAGGAGAUGCAAUUGGCAGGGUUUUCGUCAUAGUGCUGUCCAUAUUCACGGUCAACGGAAUAUUUCAAACUCCAGCGUGCAUACUGAAUCUGGAUUCCAACGUCGUGCAACUGAACUUUCUGUCGCCCUUGCUACUAGUCUCGACGUUAACGCGUUGCUACGUUUGCGACACGGUGCGGGAGCAGUACAAACAAAUAGGCAAUAAACCGCGGAACGGUGAGUUUGGCGCGUGCUUUUAUACUCAUGAGAGCAUCGCUUCGAACUCGCAGGGGGAAGAGAGGAAUCACAAUGACGCACGGGGCGCAUUCAAUUUGAUCUCUGACAACGACAAUAGUAUCCUGGGCGAGAAUCACUCGAAGAUAUUUUGCGCUCGCCCUGGUUCAAGGCUAUGGGAGGUGUCCGCCGACGGAAUCGUCGCGAAGACACAUCAGUUCAAAGAGACUCUAGCGAUUCCACCGACAGCAAUAUUUCGUAAAGAACCCAGUACCUUAAAAUCAUCUAGUCAGAAAGAGGAAACGGGACAUCACAAAUGGCUGCCGCAAUCCGUUAACUUCUCGCACUUGUUCGUACUCGCACGCAAGUAUUUAUUUUCUUACACGAGCAGCGGCCUGUACGUCAUCGAUCCCGCGAACGCGAGCGUGUUGCUGUGGAGUAACGAGUACACGAGCAUCGGCAUGACAGCGAUUGUGGACGAUCGGAUUUACUUUAUAACCUGUGAUAGCGAGUUUCACUGUUUAACAUUAUUAUCACUUGAUAGUCUGAUACUGCGACUGUAUCGUCAGCGUUACGGCGAAUGUCUGAACGCGUGUCUUGUUUAUAAGUCGCAAUUGUUGAAAGCCAUCGAUAGUAAGGAGAUCGUCGAACUGCUUGAUGAGGUGGAGAAUCCGUCACCGUCGCCGCGUGACGAGAAAACGCUACUGCGACCGUUGAUAACACUUUUGCAGGCCGACGAUAAUAAUAGCAGACCGGCCAAACUAGAUUCCGGAAUUGUGAUAGUGCACUCUGAGAACGACAGCUUCGUGGAUAGAAAAACCUACGAUUGUGAAACGACUGUAUUCUCGUCACAAUCUCCUGAGAUCUCUAGCGACGAUUCGUCCGGUGAGAUACAAAUAGAAUCCGGAAAAGAUCGAGACGAGAAUCCUACGCGAGGCAACACUCUUGGAAUGGCUUCAGAGGACACACUCAAUUUGGAUUACGAUGGCGAAAUGUCGGAUACCAAAGAUGAUGGUCGUCGAAAGCUACCAGAUUUUCAAGAAAACAUUACGCACAAAGUGCAGUCCGAUUUGCGCUCAAUUUACGAUCUGGCGAAUAGCAUCAAACCUACUAUAUUGGAGAAGGAGAUCGAGCAAAUUAUUUUAGAGACGGACAAAAAGAUGCGAACGGUCAAGGAUUCCUAUCGGGACUCGCCUGGGCUCCAGAAUUUUAUCUAUGAGGUCACUCGCGCCGCGGAAUUGCAUUAUUACAACGUGUUUCUGGCAAAUGCUUCUGCACAGUUAAUCGACUCUGCUAGUAACGACUACGUUGUGCGGCAUUUUGCAACGGCCUUCAUCGAGAUCAAUGCGCCAACUUACGACAGAUGUGGUUGCAGUUACCCCUAUCCGAUGGAUAAGACCAUGGAACCCAAGUUUUUGACGAUUGGCGAGUCCCUGAUUAGGAGAUAUGCAGAUGAUCUGCCGAUGGAAUGUAGUAAUAUUUGCGACAAGAUACCCUACAUGUGGCGCGUGUACCUACCCAUCCGCAUCGAGCGGCGUGACACGCUGGAUGAUUUAUUGAGACAGUGCCUUCAGACCAGAGACAAUAUCGUAUUGUCGUUUCUGCUACCGGCGCUAAACGAGCAACAAUGGAGUUGUGUGGACGCGUGCCUGAGCGAGAUCAAGGAUGGCACUUGCCUGUUCUGCGCGACGCCCUUGACAAAGAAGCCUGAUUACGACAUACUAAUAGAUUGGAGCGGGAUCGCUAGGGAGAUCAUGAGACGGGAGGGACCAGACGAGGCCGUAGCGUUUUUGAUUAAAUUGGAGAGUAUGAUGCCGGACAUUAAUUUAGACAGAAGUAUAUUCCAGUCGAUCGUGUUUACAAAAUUGCUGCAUCGCGAAGGCCUGAAAAAGUCAAUUGAUUUUAGUAAAACUAAUAAAUUAACAUCAGAAUUUGGUACAGUUUGCUCUCCACAGGUACGUGAUCAACUAACGAAAGCUCUUGAGAAAGAUUUAAGACGACCGAUAGAUAAAUCCGUGUUUGGAAUAGGCGCUCAUCAUUGGGGCAUACGUCAUCAGAUUAAAUCAUUGACAUGCCCAGGCUGCACGUUAUCUUUACAAACCCCAAUUUUGCUGGGUGAUAAUGGAAUCGCGAUCUUUCGCUGCGGCCACGUCUACCAUGUGAAUUGUAUGAUAGAAAGAAAGCUCAGUAGAUGCAAUCUUCAUCAAUAAUUAUUGUAAAUACCGUAUACUUUUCUUAAAAUAAAGCUCUCUCUUUGAACGUA